AGCAUGCGCGCCAGCAGCCACAUCCCUAGCCCAUGCGCAUAGGAAGUGGAUUGUUGACUGUCAACUUACAUUUGUACUUAAUUCUCCAGUGAUGUUACCAACGUAAAAAUCGCGAAUGCCUGACAUGCCCUAACAUUUACGUCUGGAGUGAGAUGCAUGAGAAAUGAAGAAGAAACACAUUCUGAGAUCAUAGUGUAGAUAGAUCUGUCUUCGGCUCUGUCUUCGUCUGCUUUUGCUUUAGUAUUUGCUUUACAAUAGCUGAAAGGAAAUGCAUUCAUGUAGCCAAACUUGACGGUCUUUUCAGUCACAAAGGAUUGUAAAUGCAAGGAUGACCGCUUACGAAAUCCUGAAAUCAAAAGCGAAGGAGCAAGUUAUGCUUGAAGCUGAAGUCAAAACCCCUGAUGCCAUUCUACCACUGGGCUGGACCCGAGAAGUGAGACAGCGCAAAUCAGGGAAAACUGCCGGGAAAACGGAUGUCUAUAUCAUUAGUCCACAGGGGAAGUGCUUUAGGUCCAGGGCAUCUCUGCAAGAGUACCUGCACUCGCAGGAGGACAGUGGAUAUCUUUCAGUGAGUGAUUUUAGUUUUGCGGUAUCUGCGACUGAGCGAAACCCAGCACCAUCAGGGAGAGGAAGGGGGACCCGUACCAGAAAACGGCAAAGUUGUGAACAAGUCAAUGGAGCCUCACAAUAUUUUCCUUCUGAGCUGAACAGUUCAGCACCACAGACACAAGAGGUGAAUGCAAUGGAGAGUCACAGAGCAGAGGAGAACUGCACAGAAGUGGCAGAGAAGAGGCUCAAAGAGAAAGGUGGGGAUCCAUAUGAUGAUGACAACUUGGAAAAGACUGAUGGUAUCGAGACCUCAGUACCAAGCUUGAGUAUUCAGUCUCCGUCUGAGAGUGAAGGAGAGGAGGUAGGUGCAGAUGAACAGGAGGAGAAGGGCUCAAGAGAAGAACAAAAUGUUGAAUCCCAUGAGGAAAAAGAACAGAGUAUCAGCAAGGGACAAACUAAUGAGCAGACUGAAGGAGUGGAGAUGCUACAAGUCCUCUCACAGAGCGCUGGAGAAUCAGAAUGCCACUCACCUAUCAGGAGCAGCAAAGCCAGUCUGACUGGGGAGAAACGCAAGACAAGUCCUUACUUCAGUGCAAAGUCUAUUAGGAAUUGCCCGAGCCCCCCCAGGCGGAAAGGGUUCAGAAAGUGGACCCCUCCUCGUUCACCAUUCAACCUCGUACAAGAAACCCUCUUCCAUGACCCAUGGAAACUCUUGGUGGCAACAAUUUUCCUCAAUAAGACCAGUGGUAAACUUAAAUACAUAUAAUAACAGGUAAGAUGGCAUUGCCGGUGCUGUGGCAGUUUUUUGACCGUUUCCCAACUGCAGAGGUAACAAGGAGGAGUGACUGGAAAGUUCUGGCCGAUCUGCUGCAGCCACUGGGCCUUAACACACUUCGAGCCAAAGCCUUAAUCCGGUUCUCUGGUGAGAGUAUGCAUUUAGAACCAAAUUUAAAAUCCAAUGUACUGAGAUCGGUUAUGUACUCAAAACAUGAGAGCGAUCAGUUGUCUUUUCAAUGCUUCACAGAUCUCAAUGGAACACAGCAUAAUUCCAAAUUAGCUCUCUGUUGAGCACCAAAUUAUAACUCCAAACGUUAAAGCCAAAGGUCUGUGUUGAUCUGCUGUACGUGUGAAAUAUGUGUUCCCUUCGGGAUAGCCUGUGUGUUCUUAGAUGCCUUGAUUUUGACUUUCCACAUUCUGAUUUUUGUGGUCAUGCCAUCAAAUGACCUGAAUCGGAAUAGAGGCAGCUUCCCCACCUAGUGUUCAUGUUCUAACUGGUCUC